AGUGCACGUGAUCCGGAGUUGGAGAAGCUUUUUACUGAGAACAGCAAGCUUAAAUACCAAGUGGAGACCCUCAAGCGUAGCAUCAAGGAAGAGAAAGCCAAUUCCAAGAGGAUCAUGACUAACUGCCAGUUCACACUGAAUGAAAUGUUUAAAAAAGCUAUUGCAAAAACAUUUCCUGAACUACCAGAUGCCCCUGUUCUUGUACAGGCCUCUCAGGGUGAAAAGUUUGGAGAUUACCAGUGUAACAGUGCCAUGGCAAUUAACCAGAUACUCAAAAGCAAGGGGAUCAACAGCAACCCUCGUCAAAUUGCUACUUCAAUUGUGGCAAAUGUACCUCAGAAUGAUCUCAUGCAAAAGGUUGAAGUGGCUGGAGCUGGUUUUAUAAACAUAAGUCUCAGUCAUAACUUUGUGUCAUCAAUGCUAAAAGACAUUCUUACAAACGGAGUACAACCUCCUGCUGUUCCAGUCAAGAAGAGAUGUGUCAUUGACUUCUCCUCACCAAAUAUUGCCAAAGAGAUGCAUGUUGGGCAUCUAAGGUCUACAAUUAUUGGAGAAAGCCUGAGUCGUCUUCUUGAAUUUGUUGGGCAUGAUGUCCUACGCCUUAAUCACGUUGGAGACUGGGGCACUCAGUUUGGGAUGUUGAUUGCUCAUCUCCAGGACAAGUUUCCAAAUUAUCUGCAAGUUUCACCACCCAUUGGUGAUCUGCAGGCUUUUUACAAGGAAUCCAAGAAGAGAUUUGAUGAAGAUGAGGCAUUUAAGAAGGUGGCUUAUCAAAGAGUUGUGGAAUUACAAGGGCGUGAACCAGACGUUACAAAAGCCUGGAAUCUUAUUUGUGAUGAGUCUAGGAAAGAGUUUGACAAUAUUUAUGAGCGACUGGAUGUCACUUUAAUCGAGAGAGGGGAGUCAUUUUAUCAGGAUAUGAUGCCUAAUGUUGUUGCAGAUCUUGAGCGGAAAGGGAAAGUAAUUGAAGACGAAGGCCGUAAAGUCGUUUUUGUUCAGGGAUAUAAGGUACCGCUGACCGUCGUCAAGUCUGACGGUGGAUUCACAUACGAUACAUCUGAUAUGGCGGCCUUGCAGCAGAGAGUGCGUGAUGAGAAUGGCGACUGGCUGAUUUACGUCACUGAUGCUGGCCAGGUCUUAAAAGGUCACUGGAUAAGCUGAAGGACAAGGAACGAGACAAAGUUCUCACCCCGGAAGAGUUGAAGGAUGCCCAAGAAGCCGUUGCCUAUGGCUGUGUAAAGUACGCAGAUCUUUCACAUAACAGGAUCAAUGACUAUGUGUUUUCAUUCGAUAAGAUGUUGGACGACAAGGGAAACACAGCAGUUUAUCUUCUUUACGCAUACACUAGGAUAAGGUAAAAGUCAUCUUUGUCACAG